AUGACAGCAGUAAAAAAGGCAACUCUGGAGCGGAGGGAGUUCCAGGAGGAGGCUCAGGAAUUGGAAGGGGGAACUGUUGUGCAACAAAAGACAUACAGAGCUGGAUGGGGGAUGAUUGCAAGGGACUGUGAAGGAAACAUUCUGAGAGCUUGGGCAGUGCCAAAUACAAGCUGUUCAAAUGCAAAACAAGAGGAAGCUCUGGCUUUAAUAGCUGCUAUGCUUAUGGCAAAACAUCAGGACUGGAGAAGAGUGGUGCUCGAAUCAGAUUGUAAGCAACUCACUGAUAAAAUAAAUGGUGGGGAAGGAGACUCAGCUAUUGCAACUGUACUGUCGGAUAUAGUUAGUUUGAAAUCCAACUUUUAUGAAUGUUGUUUUUCCUUCACGAGUAGGAUUAAUAACUCUGUUAGUCAUUGUUUGACAAAAUUAGCUUUAAACUUGAAAGGAACAGCUGAAUGGAAGACUGACUUCCCAGCAUUGGCUGCUUGA